GAAGUAAUCAUCUUGACAAGUUUACUCAAAAUGUAUUUGGUGGAGAGCAAAGGAGGAGCCAUAGGUUGUAUGAUCUUGUCCUUACUGUUCUUAGGGACAUGGCCAGCAUUGUUAACUUUGCUCGAAAGACGAGGCCGUCUCCCGCAACACACUUACCUCGACUACUCGAUCACCAACCUCCUCGCCGCCGUCAUCAUCGCCUUCACGUUCGGAGAAAUCGGUAGCAGCACUGCUGACAAGCCUAAUUUCAUUAAUCAGCUGUCUCAGGAUAACUGGUCCAGUGCUCUGUUUGCAAUGGCCGGCGGGAUCGUGCUAAGCCUCGGCAACCUCGCGACGCAAUACGCCUGGGCGUUUGUAGGCUUGUCUGUCACCGAGGUUGUCUCAUCGAGCAUAACUGUCGUCAUCGGCACGACAUUGAAUUACUUCCUCGAUGACAAAAUCAACAAGGCCGAGAUUCUUUUCCCCGGCGUCGCGUGCUUCCUCGUAGCAGUUUGUUUCGGAUCGGCUGUGCAUUCAUCGAACGCUGCCGAUAAUCGAGCCAAGCUUAGCAGCUUGCCUACUGAUCAUAAAGAGGGAGCUGUGAUGAAGAAUGGUCAUUCUGUCACACAUUCGGACAAGGCUAAGUUUGGAACUGCAGAUUUCUUGAUACAGCUUGAGAACAGAAGAUCAAUUAAGGUUUUCGGGAAGGGGGCGAUCAUCGGCCUGGCCAUAACUUUCUUCGCCGGAGUCUGCUUCUCGCUCUUCUCGCCGGCGUUCAACCUGGCGACGAACGACCAAUGGCACACCCUGAAACGCGGCGUCCCCCACCUGAGUGUCUACACGGCAUUCUUCUACUUCUCCAUGUCCUGUUUCGUCAUCGCGAUCAUUCUCAACAUCAUCUUCUUGUACCGUCCGGUCUUGAACCUGCCGAAGUCAUCUUUUCGCAGUUACUUAUCAGACUGGAAUGGCCGGGGGUGGGCUCUUGUGGCCGGUCUUCUCUGUGGGUUCGGCAAUGGCCUGCAGUUCAUGGGAGGCCAGGCUGCAGGAUACGCCGCGGCUGAUGCAGUUCAGGCACUCCCUCUGGUGAGCACAUUCUGGGGAGUAUUGCUGUUUGGAGAGUAUCGAAGAUCGUCGAGGAGAACUUAUGUGCUUCUUGCAGGCAUGCUGUCGAUGUUUGUCGUCGCUGUUGGUGUCCUCAUGGCUUCGUCAGGUCACCGCAAGUGAUCGAUCCAUCAUGUUAGAUUCUUGAAAAGAAUCUGCAGUGAAGCUGCUGAGGGUGUCCUAAGAAUUCAGGUGUCUGCAGAGAUUUAAUUUGCAAAAGAAUCAGCUGUGCUGGCAAAAUCAUUCUAUUGCAACAUAUGAGAACAAUCAUGGUGCCCUAACCAAAUGAGCUAUUAAAUUUAAGGGGAAGGGCUUUUUGUUUGUCAUCUGUAUCUAUCCAAAUCGAAAUGAUCAUCUCAUAUUUUGCCCAACA